CACAUGUAUGCUUUGGCCAAAACAAAAGCCAAAGACCAAACACAAGCUCUGCAUAACAUCAAAUCUUCAGUAUCCAUUUCCCCCCCUUCAACUGACAUAAGCAAUAAUAAAUUGUGCCAGCCAGCCGGCCUACUUUCCGAUUAAGGUGCCAGCUGCAAAUUGGUUCAUCUGGAGGUGCCGAUCGAUCGAUGGGUUAGAUUUCUGGAGCUUCUUGUCUCUGCAAGGCCUUCACUCAAACAAUUAGUCAUCAUGCCUCGAGAGAUGAUUAAUGCAGACAGCAUCGAAAGAGCCGUGACAGAUAUAGUCCCUUAUCUAGAGGAUACAAGCAGUACUGCGCACAAGGCCAUCUAUUUUGAUGGAUGGGAAGGGCUGGGUGCUUCGGCGGUGCUUAGAGCCAUAGCCAAAGACCCUCCGCCGUCUCUGCUGAACAAAUUCGACAAGAUCGUCCACGUCGAUUGCUCGAGGUGGAAAAGCCGACGAGCACUCCAGAGGACAAUCGCACAAGAACUCAAGCUUCCUCGUCUCAUAAUGGAUGUCAUUGAUAGGCAAGAUGAAGAAGAUGAUUUCAGAGGGAUAGAUGAAGGCUUGAGAGCCGAGAUAGGAUUUGUGGGAAGAGAGAUCCUUCGGGUCCUGAUGGGGCAGAAAUGUUUAGUGGUCUUCCAUAAUGGGAGCGACAACACAAUUGAGUUGAAUGAUUUGGGCAUUCCCCAGCCGGAUCAGUGGUUUGUAUUCGGUACUCAAGUACUGUGGACCUUUCGAGGCAGGCUUCGGCUCAACCCAAGAACUACUGAGAAGGUGGAUGAUUCCCAUCUUUUUCUUUAUGAUACGUGGAGUUCAUACGGGUGGAAUUAUUUGCUGCAACAAGAGGCAAGAGAGAUUGCUCGGUACACUGAUAAUCUUGGCGAAACAGUUGAAGAGUGCUGCUUGUAUCUGUUGUCAUUAAAUUCUCAAGGAGGCAAUAUCAUGGACUAUGACUGGUCCACACAUGCUUCUAACUACUGGGUCUGUGAUGGGAUUAUACAAGGAGGCCAUGGUGACGAAGCAUGGGAGGCUGCAGCUGCUCUGCAUCAACACAUAAAUAUAGAGGAUUAUUCGUCUAAUACAGUACCAUAUUUUGGGGAUGAACUGGAGACUCCUUCAAAACGGUGGAUAUUGGCCAAGGACAGCUCUGUUGUGCAUCCAGAGUCAACGUCCUUUUUCCUUGCUGCAGUUGCAAAUCCUUCAUUGAGACACUUACCUUAUGACAUGUUUCAUCAAGCGGACAAACUUUGUGUGCUCAAGUUAUGCCGCUGCACCUUCAGCUUUUCUGCACCUCCUUUCUGUUGUUGCCGCAGCUUAAGGUUCCUUGGAUUAGAUAGCUGCCAGGAUCUACGACCAGAAGAAGAUGAGAAGCAAGAUAUGGAUUUUUUGAAGAGCCUAUGGGUGAUAGACAUACACAAUACAGACUGGAAUCUGCCUUCAUCACCAGAGAUAAUAAAGCAGAUGGCUACAAACAUUAGGGAAGUACAUAUAAAGAAUGGAAGGUUUUGGCACAUCAUUUUUGCAUUGGGACAACCACAAAAUCUUCACAAGCUUCGUGUUAUUGACCCUACAUGCUGCUCUUUGGAGACAGGCUUGCCCAGCUUGUCAAGUUCAACUAGCCUCAAGACUCUGGUUCUAGAUGGUUGUGUUGGUUUGGAGCAUGUUGAAGGACUCCCUCCAUCACUUGAAUCAUUCAGCUUAGAUGCAAGACCAAGAAAAGAUGAUUACAAGGAAGCCAAAAUAAGCCGCAUCUCCUUGGCUGGUUGUGCAAGAUUGUCUGAAUUCACACUGAGGGGAUCACUUCCAAACCUUGAGGAGUUGGACCUAUCUGGCACGAAAGUCAAGACACUUGACCUCACAACUCAGGUGGUGCAGGUCCCAUGCCUCCAACAAAUUAUUCUACUGGGAUGUAUGCAGCUGCAUGCUAUUCUAUGGCCAAAAGAGGGUCUGCCAACACUGACGGUGCUGCAUAUUGAUACCUCGGUUUGUCCUGUUCAAACAAAACUACAUAAAGUGUAUGUUACUAUAAUGGAUAUGAGGUUUUUUCAAUCCUUGGUAUUACAUGUACAGAGAAAUGUCCGAUUCUGUUGGAAGAGCAAUAGGUUCCAUCUAAAUCUUUGUGUCCCUUGUACCACCAAUGUUAAGGGACAAAGCUAUAUGAAGAAGAAGAUGGGCCCUGGUAAUAGUGGGAAAAUAAUGGGUCCUGCUCAACCAAAGUCAUUAAACCCCAAUACUUGCAGCACCUACACUGAUGUCUCGGUUGACAACAUAAUUAUUGAUCACGACUACAACAAUGCAAUGAAGUUUCAGCCGUCGGGCUGCCAUGUGGAGAUUGGUAAGGGAGUUAGCAACGCUAGCGUGGAGGGUGUGCAAGCAAUCAAGGCUAUCAUCUUUGCAAUGAACCAAUCCGAGUCGCUGCAUGUUCAUGACAGUUCUUCCAUCGCCACUGUCAUCACCGAACACAUGAAGUCUAGAGUUGGGAGGGAUCUUGACUGGGAACAUCUAAAACAUUGUCAUGUGGUGAGAUGCCCCAAGAUGCACACAGUCUUCAUGACUAACUAUGGUGUCUACCCCUUUACAGAAAUAGAGACCUUUUGGGCCGCUGAUCUACCGAUGGCACACUGCAUUUGGAGCAAAGGAACGACCUACUGGGGCACGGAAACUAGGUGCUUUGCGAAACUGCGGAGCAUACACCUCUACUCUUGCCCAAGGCUCGCAUUUGUGCUUCCGUUAUUGUGGGGUAUUCAAGGAUUAUAUUUACAGAACUUAGAAAGUCUCCACAUUGUGAAUUGUGGUGAUCUAAAGACGGUGUUCCCUGUUCAUCCCGGCUUGAAAGAACGUGUACUUGAGUUCCCAAGCCUGAAGCACAUCCAUCUGUAUGAGCUCCAUAAGUUGCAGCAUAUAUGUGAGGUGAAGAUGCAUGCUCCCAAGCUUGAGAGGGUAUGGCUCAGGGGCUGUUGGAGUCUCAGGCGCCUCCCAGCCAUUGGCGGAGCUAGCCGUCGCCCCGUCGUGGACUGCGAGCAGGACUGGUGGGAGAAGCUGGAGUGGGACGGGCUGGAGGCUGGGCACGACCCAUGCCUCUUCGAGCAACGCCACUCAUCGCAUUACAAGAGGCCCUUGCCUAGAGUUUCUGUGCUUCGGUGAAGUGACCGUACUAUACUAUCCAGGUUUGAGUCAUGGUGGCAAUGACAGUGGCGGUGGACGCCUUGCUGCUUUCUGCUGCCAUGAUCGACGGUUCAAGCCAACAAAUAAACUGGUGUGUUGCUUUGCUUCCCAAUUAAGAGAUGGUGGAUGCAUGUGUGUGUUCCUUUCCUUGCUGAAGAAAGAAUAAAUCAUCUCCACUGUCUCCAGGGAGAGUGAGACGGCUUGUGUAUCAUUGUUUGUUGCUGUGGUUUGUUUUCUGUUUAUGUGUGUGCAGUGUGCUGAGUGUGCCAAAGACCAGUGAU